AUGCAAAGAAGAAACAACAGAAGACAAAAGGAGACCGAAGAAUGUUAUAGCGAGGAAGAAAAAGAAAAUAUAGACAAAGAAAAUAGUAUUGCAGAAAGAACAAUCAAAGAGAGUAGCACAGAAAUGUCGACAAUCGACAGAAUAUUACAAAUGCUGCAAAUACAAGAAGAGAACAGUAGAAAACAGACAGAAAAAAUUAAUAAAAAAAUAAAUGAUAACAUUCAAAGAGAGGAAGAAAACAUUAAGAGACGGGAAAAAAACAGUAAAAGACAAGUAGAAGGAACAGAAAAACGUAUAGAAGAAAACAGUAAACGACAAGCAGAAAGAACAGAAAAACGUAUAAACGAAAACAUUAAGCGACAAGUCUAG